UAGGGUUAAUAAUAUAUUGUGUAGGGGGGAUGAUGAGAAUGGAAGACUUAUCUAUGAAGGAGAAUGGAAGAAUAAAGCUGCCCAUGGUGUUGGGUUAAUGAGAUGGCAGAAUGGCGACAGGUAUGAUGGGGAAUGGGAGGAUGGAAUGAGAAGUGGAAAGGGAAAAUAUAUAAGUAAAGCAACCGGUGGAGUUUACGAAGGAGAAUAUCAAGCAGAUUUAAAGGCUGGGUUCGGAAAAUAUAGUUUCACUAAUGGUGAUUAUUACGAAGGAAACUGGAAGAAUGGGCUUAGGCAUGGUAAAGGCAUCUAUGUGUGGAAAGAACUAAAGGAAAACGCUGAAAGUAUUGAAGAAAUAGGAAGGUAUGAAGGUGACUGGGAGAAGGGAUUAAAACAAGGAACAGGAAAAUUUUCCUACCCUAAUGGAGAUGUGUUUACGGGACCUUAUGAGAACGGGAACAGGCACGGCAAAGGAGAACUCGUAAAGAUUGAUGGAGAGGUUCGUACAGAAAACUAUAAGGAGGGAAAACUGGUAAACUUCACUGUAACCAAGGAGAAAUCUACAUAAAAGAACAAACUAUUAAAUUGUGUUAAUUUUAAAUUUAUCUUUGAAAAAUCCACAUAAUCGAUUCAUGAAAUAAAUCCAUAUUAUUUGUCAUGUAAA